AUGGUCCUCUUAUCUACCCUUGUUGCCCUCUCUAUAGUUGCAGGAUCAUCUGCUGCUCCUACCGACACUGUCAAGAGGGAUAUCGCUGAUCGUGGUCCCCACGACUUUGCUCUGGGACAAGGCAAUACCCUAAGCCGCCGGUCUGCCAUUAACUAUGACCAGGACUAUACAACUGGUGGGACGGUCAAUUACUCACCGUCGAGCACUGGAUUCUCAGUUUCAUGGGAUACUGAGGAUGACUUCGUUGUCGGAGUAGGAUGGACCACUGGAUCCACCAGCCCCAUUACUUUUGGUGGCUCUUUCUCCGUUGGCGGCGGAACCGGUCUCCUCUCGGUCUAUGGCUGGAGCACCAACCCCCUGGUUGAAUACUAUGUCAUGGAAGACUACAGCAACCCUCCCACCAGCGGCACGGUGAAGGGGACUUUCACGAGCGAUGGAUCGACCUACACAGUCUGGGAGAACCAGCGCGUCAACGAACCAUCCAUCGAUGGAACCGCGACUUUCAACCAGUACAUCUCCGUCCGGAACUCCCCUCGAACCAGCGGUACGGUCACUAUCGAGAACCACUUCCAAGAGUGGGCGUCACUCGGCAUGGACCUGGGAUCGCUCAGCUACCAAGUCAUUGCUGUGGAAGGCUGGAGUGGCAGUGGAUCUGCCACGCAGUCCGUCAGCAAUUCCGGCAGCACCGGUUCCGGCGGUAGCACUGGAAGUGGCGGUGGCGGUGGAACUAGCAGUGGUAGCUGCUCAGCGCUUUAUGGCCAGUGUGGCGGUAUAGGGUGGACUGGUGCUACAUGCUGCUCGUCAGGCACCUGCAAGGCGGCCAAUUCCUACUACUCGCAGUGUCUUUAG